AUGGGUGCAUCAUCUUACGCUCCAGACAUUUUCUGGUUUUUGACAGCGACAAGCCCGUACAUGUGGGCCAUAACCGGCAUAGUAUCUUCUGUGGCAGUGUCCAUAACUGGAGCGGCAUUGGGCAUUUAUACGACCGGAACCAGCAUCGUUGGUGGCAGUGUGAAGGCUCCGCGCAUCCAGACGAGAAAUCUCAUCUCGAUCAUUUUUUGUGAAGCAGUUGCUAUUUAUGGCAUCAUCACGGCUAUAAUUCUCAGUGGCGCAAUGAAGGAAUUCCAACUGGAUGAAGCAGAAAGUAAUCCAGCAUUUAAAGAGAGAAACUGGUUUUCUGGUUAUUUGAUUUUCGGUUCUGGGCUCAGCGUGGGGCUGGUGAAUUUGUUUUCCGGUUUGUCCGUUGGGAUUGUUGGAUCAGGAGCAGCAUUAGCAGACGCCGCCUUUCCAAUAGUAUUCGUCAGGAUGCUUAUUAUUGAGAUAUUUGCUAGUGCAAUUGGACUGUUUGGUCUGAUUGUUGGAGUUUAUUUAACUUCUAAAAUACAUAUGGGUGACUAACAAAGAAAUUGGGUGAAUUGUUAACGCUGUCUUGUCACAGAACGUAAUUACUAUUACUUCAGCAGUUAUCUUAAAGCUGUAGAUACUAGUUAUAUAAGAGGAAUUGAAGAUGUAGGAUUACGUGUACUCGGUUAGUUCUGUCAAUCAUUAUCUAUUGUCUUCUUUUAGUGUACUAUAUAAUACUUAAAUUUACGUGUA